AUGGUCUUCCACUGGUCCAUAGGUGCCAUUUCAGCCGGCUUCCUUGUUGGCGAAUUGUUUCGAAUUGCUCUAAAGAGACUUCUGCCGAGUGGUUACUACGCUUACGCGAACGAGUUGAUCUCAACAUUUCAGUUAUCCGUUUGUGUGUUCGAGAUCUCCGUCAUUGGAAAGUUCUACAGCAGCUGGAUUGCUCUCAGCUGUACCUUUGUCCUAUUAGCUUUAAAGCAUGCUGAAUUCAUUUUUGAGGGGGCUUUCGCUAAUCCUUGCGGAAUGUUAGAAGACAUCGUCUACAAGAAAGCCUACUGGGUGAAAGAAAAUAUCGCUAAAGUUAUUUUUCAACUUAUUGGCGGCCUUUUAAGCUUUCCCUUCAUACAGUUUUUGUGGAAAUCGACUUGGAGUGAAUUUCACUUCCAGCAAGUAAAGAAAGGCCUUCGAUCGACGCUUGAAGUUUCGCUCCUGUAUGGUAUUUCGAUCGAAAUUAUGGCAACGUUCGUGACAGUAAUGAGUGAUUUCAUGUCACGAGGGCACGCGCUCAAAAAGUUCAAUUCAGUGAUUCGAGCGGCUUCUGCUGUUGUCGUUUCCUACGCUCUUGCCGAAACAACCGGAACAUGGAUGAAUCCAGCGCUGGCUACUGCUCAGACCUUCGUCUAUUGCACAAGAAAAGAAGUCAUUUCUGAACAUUUAUUCGUGUUUUGGCUUGGGCCAGUAAUAGGAACAAUGGCCGCCAUUGUACUAAAUUCGCUACUGACCUGGAAUCCCAAACCAGUCGAGAUGAAACCAGAGAAGAAGUAUUGGGGAAAGAAAGACAGUCGUUCGUCAGUGGAAAACCACAAAAAUGAGGAAUUGAACCCCUCAGAAUUAAAGAAAAGACGUAAAGGAACAAAAUCUUAG